AGCCUCUCAUUCAAUCUCAGGAAAAAACUAACAAAGUGGCCACAACAAGUGGGAGAUACUCUCUCUAUGACACCACUGCUGCAGUCUUCACUAUGACCAUUACUGAACUGAUGCCAGGGGAUUCUGGGAAAUACUGGUGUGGAACCAAUGGAACUUCUGUGUCCACAUAUGAAUACUACACAGAGCUGCAGGUGCCUCCAAGACCACCAGCCAUGCUUGCAUCUCCAUCAUCACCUGUUCCUAACUCCUCACCUUUACCACCACCAACCAUCUCACCCCAGCCAUCACCACAAACAACAACACCAUCAACACCAUCAUGGUCACAGUCAUCAUCUUCAACAUUUUCUGCUGUGCCUCUUGGCCAGAUAACUGCAGCUCCUUCUGCAACACCUGAGCUGGCUGAUUAUGAAAAUGAUCUAAAUGCAACAUCACACGAUGUAGUUCCCUCCAACACCACAGCAUCUGAAUCAGUCUACCAGGGCCUGAACCCCAACAUCAUGGUACAGGAUCUCGUCUACCAGCACCUGAACCCCAACACCAUGCAGGAUCCAGUCUACCAGCACCUGAACCCCAACACCAUGGUAUCAACACCUAAACACAUCAUCUUGCAGAUAGAUUCCAUCACACCAUGAACCCUAUCACUGGUGAUGGUGAUCCAGCACAUCAGUCCUACAAGACCAGCACCAAUCAUCUCCAUUUUCCC